AUGGACAGGGCCAAUGAGAGUACCCCUCAGGGCUUCAUCCUUCUGGGCUUCUCAGAUCGACCCCAGCUGGAGCUGCCUCUCUUUGUGGUCUUUCUGGUCUCCUACAUCCUGACCAUCCUCGGCAAUGCGACCAUCAUCCUGCUGUGUCGGCUGGACCCCCGACUCCACACCCCCAUGUACAUCUUCCUCACUAACCUCUCCCUCCUGGACCUCUGUUACACCACCAGCAUCGUACCCCAGAUGCUGGCCAACCUUCACCGUGCUCAAAAAAUGAUCAGCUAUGGCGGCUGCGUGGCUCAGCUCUUCAUCUUCCUGGCCUUGGGCUCCACUGAGUGUCUCCUUCUUGCGGUCAUGUCCUUCGACCGCUUCAUGGCCAUCUGCCGACCCCUGCACUACCCUGCCAUCAUGCACCAUAGGCUCUGCCUCCAGCUGGCAGCCUCCUCCUGGCUCAGUGGUUUUGGAAAUUCUGCCCUCCAGUCCACGUGGACAUUGAAGAUGCCCCGGUGUGGUCGCCGCCGAGUGGAUCACUUCUUCUGCGAGGUGCCGGCCCUGCUGAAGUUGUCCUGCGCCAAUACUGUGCCCAAUGAGGCAGAGCUCUUCUUUAUCAGCGUCCUCUUCCUCCUGAUUCCCGUGACCCUCAUCCUGAUCUCUUAUGGCUUCAUUGCCCGGGCAGUGCUGAGGAUCUCAUCGGUGGAGGGCCGUCGCAGGGCCUUCGGGACCUGUGGUUCUCACCUGCUGGUGGUUUCACUCUUCUACGGGACGGCCAUCUACAUGUACCUGCAGCCCCCGUCCCCCACCUCGCUGGACCGGGGAAAGAUGGUCUCUAUCUUCUAUGGAAUCGUUGCCCCCAUGCUGAACCCUGUCAUCUAUACCCUGAGGAAUAAAGACAUAAAGGGAUUGCAAAUGUUCGGGCUAGCGACAGAGGUGUCCUAG